CACUGUCUAGUUUAGUAGUCAAGGCACCUUUUACUCUUGCUUCUGUAAACAUGGUUGCUGUGCUGUCUAUUCUGCAGUAGGAUGAAUGAUUUGUAGUGUUAUGCAUGCUGUAAUGCUGCGGUUUACCUUUACAGGUCUUCAUGACACAGUGCUGUACUGCUCUCGCCAUGACCCUGUGACCUCAGGCCCCCAGGUCACAUCAUCAACAAGGUACAGAGAUGACUUCAGUCCGCUAGUGGAGGGAUGUGGCUGCUACCACUGCAGGAACCACAAGAGGGCGUGUCUACGCCACCUGCUAGUGACCAAUGAGCUGCUGGCUGGAGUCCUGCUCAUGCUCCACAACAUGGCCCACUACUGCGCCUUCUUCACCGCCCUUAGGGGGGUGCUGGCCAGCGACAGACUGGACCUCCUCAAGAAGAGAGUACUACUAGGCAGGCGGUGAGCAGGGAGGCGGCUGGGGAGAAGGAUAGGUAGAUUAGUUAGAGAGGUAAAGGUAGGGAGGGCAUGGGGAGAGGAUGGAAUUGAAGGGUUAUUGGGAAUGGGGAAGAUAGCAUAAAAAGCAGGGAGUGUAGAGGGAUCCAGGUGAAAGUGUAGGGAGAACUUUCUCUCCUUCUUUCAAGAGUGAUCAGUGGGUUUGACAGUUGACUAGAUGAAAGCAACAUUACCUUUGAAUUGCUCUCACCUAUCCAAUCAUGUCAGAUCAGUCAUUCAUUCCAGGUAGUCAGGAUGCAUUUUUAGAGAACUUUAAGGGGAAAUUGGCUUUGCAGUGGGCGGAAGUCAUCCAUAAAAACAAAACAAGCAUGUCAACAAAUCAAAACGAUAUGACAAGAGGGAGGGCUGGAGGAAACCUGGGGUGAGGAGGAGGGAAGAUGGAAGGAGUGGGAGGUGAAAAGAGCCAAGGAGGACAGUUGAGUAUCGUUUUAACUAUGGGAGCCCUCUCCCAUUGAGCCUGCCUGCUGCCCCCGGGUCCAGGUCCGAGGACUCAUUAACAUAACGGGAAGUGGAGCGCAGACCAGUGGGACAACAAACAACCCAAAUAGAGUUUGUAAGAAAAAGGCAGGAAACCUCCAUGGCCCUGCUUCUCCCUGAAAUACAUUAACAAGAUGUGUACGAAACAACCCCGCUGCUAGGGCAGUGGCUAUGGUAAAGAGGAAAGGAAGCCACUGCAGACAUGUUGAUCUUUGGUGUGUGGCCUGGCCUCCGUUGAGCACUACCUCUGAUGCUGUCAGCGCAGUCAGCUACUGCUUUAUUUAUCUGGUUCAUUUACAUCAACCUCACAUGCAUUUUUUUCUGUAAUUCAUAUUUUUCACACUCGAUCCAAGUAUCUGAUGUAGGAUGGGGAUGUGAUUUUCCCCUGUCUAAUACAUUUUAUGAGAUGUGCCAGCUGGUUUUAUCCAUUUAUUUUCCGAAUGCAAACACACACCACAC